CUCACUCUUACCUGCUCAGACUAGCAUUGAGCACAGCAUUCAACAUGGCAGGAUCUGACAAGAAGAGAGCCUUGGUCCUCAUCGCUGACGGUACCGAGGAAAUAGAAGCCGUUAUCACCAUCGACGUGUUGGUGCGAGCCGGCAUCGAGGUAACAGUCGCCAGCACCAACCCUAGUGAUUCCACCUCUGAGAGCGUAAAGUGCUCCCGUGGUGUCCGUAUCGUCCCCGACACACACCUCUCAGCCCUACCUCUCCCAACACCUCCCUCGCCCGAGGAUAACACCGACGCCGCGGAUAGUUCUCAAUACUAUGACGUCCUCAUGAUCCCCGGAGGAGGACCUGGCGCCAAAGCUAUGGUUGCUUCGCCGCUGGUCCAUCGAUGGGUCCAAGUCCAUUUCGCCAAACCCGGUAUCCUCCUGGCGGCUGUCUGUGCCGGGCCAACAGUGCUGAAGGCUGCUGGUGUGGCCAAGGGGGCACAAGUGACGUCCCAUCCGAGUGUGAAGGACGAACUAAAGGACUAUUUCGAGUAUCGGGACGAUGUCAAGGGAAGUGCGAUUGUUGUGAAGGAUGAGGAAGCUGAACUGCUGACGAGUCGGGGUCCAGGAUCGACGUUCGACUUGGCGUUGAGGAUUGUGGAGGAGGUUAGGGGUAAGGAUGUGAUGGAGAGUGUGCAUGCACCAAUGAUGUUUGCCUAAGCACAGCAAAGAUAACAACGCGAACGCGAGUAAUCUGCAAUGGUAGCGAUGUAUUUGCGCGUACAAGGAAAGUUCAGAAUAAAACCCAGACCAAAGUGA